UGGUUAUUUGAAGGUGGUAAAAAUCAAAAUUUCCAAAAAAAAAAAUUGAAAAGAAAAAUGGAAAUGUAAAAUAACUCUAAUCUGUACUACCAUUUUCUCACACUUGUGUACUACCAUUUUACCCAAUUCUCCAUUUUUCCCAAUUCACUUUUCCCCCAAUUCAUUCUAGCAAUCUGAAAAAACCUCAAAUUCUCCAUUUCCCCAAUUCCCAAAAUUUUGAGGCCAUAAAUUAUUAAAAAGAAUACUUAAAAAGUGAGAGGAACGUAGUGACGAAGACGACAUUCAGGCGGUGGCUGGUAGUUCGAUGCUCAGAACGGAGGUGGCUGGUUGCUCGAACUUCUUCAGGCGGCGAUAAAUUUAGUGGGUAGUUGCUCGAACUUCUUCAAGCGGCGAUAAAUUUAGUGGGUAGUUGCUCAAACUUCAGGCGGCGUUUUCCCCAUAUUCAUCUUGCAUGUCGGAUUGCUCAAAUUUCUAUUCAAGGAAAUUAGUAAAACCAACAAAGACAAUCAUCUAAUGUUAGAUGAUAUGCACAAUUUGGGUCGUAAGUCAUUUGUCAUUUUACGCCAUGAGUUGCAACAACCAGAUUCGGAUAAGCAAGAACCUUCCCAAGCAAAGGUUUAUAAGGAAUCAAGAAAGAGAGUUGCCGGAAGGACAUACCUUACCAACUAUGAAAAAGCAAAAGAGAAUAUUGCCAAAAUGGAAGCUUUAGAAACUUCCCAACAUGAAGAUGGUAACAACUCUAAGGACCCUUACUCCGAAGUGAUUCCGGAUCCUGUGCGCCUUCAUGGAAAAGGUGUGAAAAAGGCAGAUUUGAAGGAAAAAGCUAAAAAGUCAGAUUUUAUAUUCCCAGAGGAAUUCUUAGCAAGUAUGCAAGCACAAUUAGUACAACAACUUGCACCAAGCGUUACAACUGCAGUUUUGACUCAACAUCAGGAAGCUAACCCGGAGAUUAAUCUUGUAGUUCCUGAUUUUGUGAUGCCAUUAGUUCGAAAUGAUGCAUCUAGUGCACCACAUCAGCUCACUAACAAGACUAACCAGAAUGGACAAUCCAAAUCUGGUGCAACAGUUAAUCAGGUGCAUGACGAGCUAGAUGGAGAUGAAGUACAUUGACUAGGCAUCCAACAAAUAGUGCGUAAAUGUUAUUGGCGACACUUGUUGAUUUAGUUCGAUGAGCUUCUGAAGAUUUGGAACUGUUUGCCUAUAUAUAUAUAUAUUGAGAUCUAUUGUAUUUUGCACAAUUGUUAAAUUAAUUAGUAAACAUUUAUAUAUCAAUAUCGCGCGGUAGUGUCAUAUGAAAACAAUAUUUUGUAAUGUAUUUAACGUACGUACUUAGGAGAUUGUUAUAAAUUUAAUGUAAUUUUAUAUUUAGUAUUA